CGGCAAAUCGAUGGAAAGCGCUAACCCCAAAAAGAAGAAACCAGAGAAAAGCAAUGAGCAGCCUGAAGAGAUCCAGGAAGAGAAGCCAGAAGAGGCAGAAAAAUCCAGGGAUCUGCUCGAGCGGCGUGGAUACACUGUAGGCAAUACACUCGGCUCCGGGUCCUACUCUACGGUGAAGCUGGUGUCCAAAGGUGGUACGUCUUAUGCCUGCAAGAUUGUGUCCAAGGAGCUCACAUCAGCCGUGUACCGCUCCAAGUUCUUGCCACGGGAGCUGAAAAUCCUCGCCGCCAUCCGCCACUCGCACAUUACCUACGUCAGCGAGAUCAUCGAUCUCCCGUCAAAAGUAUUCAUCAUCAUGGAGUUGGCCACCGGAGGAGACCUACUGGAGAAAAUAUUGGUACUGUAA